GUUCACUAUGGACGUGGACAUCGAUGGCUGGACUCUCGUCCUCCCGCUGCCGUUCAGAGCGCUGCUGCUCAUUGGCGUCGGCAUCCUCGCCUGGGCGACGAACCUCCAUGGCCUCUACUACUUCCGCAUCGACGCAGCUACCGCCCUCGACCUCCGCCCGCACAGUGCCGCCAGCCCGCUCCCCGCCACGCACGACCACCCCCCUCCCCCACAGGCUCUCUAUGCGCCCAUCUAUAGACUCUUUGUCAGCUACGCGACCUGGUGUUUUGCGUGCUGGUUCGUAUUCUAUGCGCUGUCGCGUGGAGACCCCGUACGUGUCGACGUGUACGGGUGGAUCCCGGCGUUCUGCACGUUAGGAGUGCUGCUCGUACUGUUUGCGCCAGUGGAGAUUUUCGAGAAGACUCAAAGAGCACGAUUCGUUCGCGCGCUCCGCCGCAUCAUGUUCCCCCCUGCGCCCAAGUACCACAAUGCGCCCCGAAUACACUUUGCCGACGUCAUCCUCGCCGAUAUCCUUACAUCCUUUGCGAAGGUGUUUGUCGACAUCUACUUUUGCCUCUGCCAGCUAUUGGCCUCAGGCGGUAGCUUGCUUUUCGUUCCAUCGCAGACAGGGUGGACGCGAUGGAUCGCGCCGACUAUCAUGAGCAUCCCCUACCUCAUUCGAUUUCGACAAUGUCUGGUCGAGUAUUCCGGGGAUACAUCAAAUCCAAGGCCGCUCUACAACGCUCUGAAGUACUUCUCAUCUUUCCCCGUACUUUUCCUUUCCGCGGCGCAACCCCUCAUUGGCGCCGCGAAGCAGGGCAAGGAGGUCGGGCACGAGACAUGGCACGGCGAGCACUUGCUUUUCCGUCUAUGGGUUCUAGCAGCGCUCGUAAACUCACUUUACUCGUACUGGUGGGACGUCAGUAAUGAUUGGGGGUUCGCCCUUCUCAAGCCAACCCCUCCUGAUCCAACGACGCGUCUACCCCGGCGCCUAGUCCUUCCCCAUCUACACAGCGGCGUUCCGCUCAUCGACGACGCGGGUCGUUCCCUCUCACCUGAGGCCGUUCGCAACUACGGUCACACCCGUACAUUCUCCGCCGGCCAUCGACGUACAAACUCGCUCUCCGCUUCGCCUGGCGGAUGGCUGGUCUCCCGCCUGCGCCCCACACUCCUCUUCCCGCGGCCCAAACUCACCUACGGCACGCUCCUCAUCGUGAACCUCAUCCUUCGCCUUUCGUGGAGCGCAAAACUGUCGCCGCACCUGCACCGCGCGCUCGACGGUGGGACGCACACCCGCUUCGGGGACGCGGUGCACAUGGGAGUGUGGGUGCUCGAGCUCGCGGAGAUCGUGCGGCGGUGGCUGUGGGUCUUCGUGCGCGUUGAGUGGGAGCUGAUACGGAAAGGGGAGACGCCAUCCGGGGGCAGUGUGCGCGAGGAUCCCGCGCUGGAGGCAGAGGACUACGGCGAGGCCGGGCUUGAUAGGCUACGGGCGGAUGCGCCAGGCGACGUUCUGUUCAAGGACGACGAUCUCUUGAGCACGGAAUCGAGCGAGUUCGAGCUGGUGGCUCCCGCGAGAAGACCUUUAUGA